AUGUCCUUAUCAUACGAAUUGUUGUUAAUAUUUAAGGAAAUCUUUCCAAAAGGUCGAUUUACCCAUUCCAAAGAAUAUAAUAAAAAUCUCCUCUCAUUCAUGUUGGUUAAUAAAAAUUGGUGUAAUUCUUUCUUACCUUUAUUAUGGUUAGCACCAUUUUUUGAUCCAUCAGGGAACAGAGUAUCAACCAUAAACACGUACCUUUCAUGCUUAUCUUUAGAACAAAAACAACUCCUUUACAAUCAUGGGAUAACAUUACCUCCCACAUCAUAUGAUCAACCGAUGUAUAAUUAUCCCAUCUAUUUAAAAGAAUUACAAAUCCACACGUUAGCGAAAAACGUUAUCAAAUGGUGUAUCGAAUAUGAUGAAUUAUAUUGUCAUGAUAUAAUUCUUAGGUGCCUCCUCGAAUUAUUUUCAUGUAGAGGAACGAAAAUUGAUUAUUUUGAAUUCGGAUGUAUGGAAUAUUAUUCUUUUAAAUAUGAUUGUUGGACGAAAUAUCCAGACAUACUUAGUAACAUUAAUACGUUUAAUUUUAAUAAUUUAAAUGAAGUUUCGAUUAAAGAGAUGUUUAAGGAUGUGAGACACGUGUCAUUAUCAAAAGAUGCUUUGUAUCUAUAUAAUUUCUCGAAUACUUUAAGUAAGAUUUGUAAUAAAUUGGAGUACUUGACAGCGGAUUUUGGGGGUACAUUAUGGCAUGAAUCAUCCUUUGAUCACAUUCAAUGUGCCAUCGAUUUGGGUAUCUUGGUCUCUUGUCAAAAAAAGUUACGAAAUUUCGAAUUGGUUCAAUAUAAAGGAAGUACUCAUUCAUGUUGGUUGGACUCUUUAAAAACUCAAAAAAUUUCUUUAUCAAGAAUUUACUUUAAUGAAAUUGAAUUUUUAUAUCAAAAUGAUGAUGAGAAAUUAAAAGGGCUUAAAGAAUUCAUUACCAGGAUUGAUGUAUUAAAUAAUAAAGGUUUUAAUGUUUGUAAUAAUUUUCAAACUAAAACUACGUUAUUAGAUGCUGCUUUUCCUAAAUUUAAACAUGUAGGAUUUAGAUGUGGUUAUUUGGAAUGGAGAAAUUGGGUUAAAUCACAACAUCAAAGACAAAUUGAUAAAAGACCAAGAAGAAGAUAG